UCGUUUUUACGGCGCCUCGCUUUCCGGCUGUGACCGAGCAGCAGCAGCAGCAGCCUCGCCAUGUCCCGCCGCAAAGGACAUCGGCGGCACGGGAAGGGAGCCGGGAGGACUCAGGAGAACCAUCCUUUGAAUCCAGGGAAGAAUGUCAAGAAAGAUCCUGGUGUACCGAACCUGUCCCACUUCAAAGAGCACACAAGAAGAGAAGCCGAGCAGAAGAAGAAAAGGGUGGAAGAGAUGAGGGCGAAGCAAAAAGCCGCCAGGGAGAAGGAGAUGACAAAGAGACGGAGCUUGGACACUUUUCAGAAGGACAUCUUAAAGCGGCAGCGGGAGUUCGAGCAGAAGGAGGCAGAUCUGAGGAACCUGGAGAAGCACGAUCAGCUGGAGAAUGAGAGUUCUAGAAAAGCCUAUUACCGGGAAUUUAAAAAGGUGGUAGAUGCUGCUGAUGUUAUUCUGGAAGUGUUGGAUGCCAGGGACCCGCUGGGUUGUCGCUGCCCUCAGGUGGAGCAGGCUGUGGUGCAAAGUGGCACAAACAAAAAGCUAGUUCUGGUCCUUAAUAAAAUAGAUCUGGUGUCCAAACCCAUAGUGGAGAAAUGGCUGAAGUAUUUGCGGAACGAGUUCCCGACUGUGGCUUUCAAGGCGUCGACACAGCAGCAAAAUAAGAACUUGCAACAGAGCAGAGUCCCGGUCACACAGGCGUCUGAGGAUCUGCUUAGCUCCGGAGCCUGUGUUGGGGCUGAUUGUCUAAUGAAACUGCUGGGGAACUACUGCAGAAAUCAGGACAUCAAGACCUCUAUAACGGUUGGGAUUGUUGGUUUUCCUAAUGUAGGAAAGAGCAGUUUAAUCAACAGCCUGAAGAGGGCGCGUGCGUGCAGUGUGGGAGCAACACCUGGGGUAACCAAAUGUCUGCAAGAGGUUCACCUGGACAAACACAUUAAGCUUCUGGACUGUCCUGGUAUCGUGAUGGCCACAUCCACAUCCGAUGCCGCCAUGAUCCUGCGGAACUGUGUGAAAAUUGAGCAGCUGUUGGACCCGGUGGGGCCGGUGGAAGCCAUCCUAAGACGCUGCAAUAAAGAUCAGAUCAUGCAACACUACAAGGUGACGGAUUUCCGGGACACCUUGGAGUUCCUGGCUAUGCUGGCGAAGAGGCAGGGGAAGCUGAAGAAAGGGGGCACGCCAGACCAUGAAAAGGCCGCUAAGUCUAUUUUAACAGACUGGGUCAGUGGUAAAAUCAGCUACUUUACACACCCGCCGGAGACCCACACGCUCCCCACACACAUCAGCGCAGAGAUUGUGGCAGAAAUGGGGAAGGCGUUUGAUUUUGAAGCCCUGGAGCUGGAUAAUCACGAGUCUCUGUCGAAAAUCCAGUCCGCGCCCCAGGGAAUAGCUAUGCAGGCCUCCGAUCUGACGGCAGGGGCAGGAGCGCAGGUGGAGGACGUUGCGUUGGAGGAAUCGAGUGACGAAUCUGAGGCACCAGCUGAUGUAAUGGAAGAAGAUGUAGAUAAUGAGUUUGGACCUAUGACCGUUGAAAUUAAAGCAGCCAAAAGCAAAGGCCCGACCGACAUGGAACGGAUAGUCCCCAAAGCUCCCAGUCUGAAAGAUAUCCAAGCGGUGGAUCCUCUGCAACAAGGGCAGGCCCUGCGCGCAGCCGGCAAGAGGCGGAAGAAGCUGCAGAAGAGAGCGAAUAAAAUAGCCACUAAGUUAUCGGACACACUGAUACAAGCCAUGGACUUCAGGCUGGGCGACGACUGAACAUAAAGAUUGGACGCAAACUUCCGCCAGCUGAAUGUAAUGAUUCUGCCACCACCAUGAAACCUGUCUUGUAUAGCUGAAUAAGGACUGUAUUGUGGCAGAAUGGUAGCACGUUGUCAGCAUCGCUCUGCUCUGACCGUUACCAUUACAGGGACAGUAUAAUAACGUGACUUGCUGUGAAGCCAUGAUGGACCCUGAAAAUUAAAACAACAUUCUCACACAA